AUGAAAGUUGACGAGAAGGUGGCACCAUCUGAGCCAAGAGAAGCUCUGCCCUUCCUGGAAAACAGGGAAAAAUGUAAAAACCCAUCUGAGAAAAUAUCUAAAGAGGAAGAUGACGAAACUGCCUGCGGAUUUUGGCUAUUCAAGGGCCCCUUCAUGCAGAGAUUCGCAACCGAGAAAAUGUAUGUGAUUCUCUAUGGGAUUGCUGGCUGUGUGAUGACAAUGACCUUCGCCUACUUCAAUGGGACUAUUACGACCUUGGAAAAGCGCUACAAAAUACCCACAAAGAUAUCAGGCAUUAUCUCGGUGGGCAAUGAUAUCAGUACCAUGUUAACGGCCGCCCUCUUGGGCUAUUAUGCAGGAAAUGGGCAUCGACCCCGCUGGAUGGGGAUAGGUCUACUGACCAUCGUGGCCUUUUGCCUGCUGACGAGUUCGCUGCACUUUAUCUAUGGCGCCGGCGAGGAUGCAUUGAAGCUGACACGGGAAUAUGGCCAGGUUAAUGAGACUCUGGCCAGGCAGGAGAGGGAUCAGAAGUUGUGUCAGACUAAAGCAGCUGGUUGUAUCCAGGAGGAGAUUGGUCAGUGGGUCCCCCAGGUGUUCUUGUUCAUGGCGCAACUCAUCUCUGGAGUGGGACAGGCCCUCUUCUAUACCUUGGGCAUUGCCUACAUGGAUGACAAUGGGACCAAGUCCAAGACUCCCGCCAUGUUGAGCUUAUCCACGUUCUUGAGGAUGCUGGGUCCAGCUAUUGGCUAUUCCCUCGCUGCUCUCUGCCUACGUCUGUACAUAGAACCCAGCUUGGAGCCUCUGAUUGGCAGGGAGGAUCCCCGUUGGAUGGGUGCCUGGUGGCUCGGCUGGAUUGUGCUGGCUGCAAUGACCUUGGUCUCGGCCAUUUUUCUGUUCAUGUUUCCCAGAGAGCUGCCCAGCUCGAGAAGGAGACGCCUUCAGGCAGGGCAGGCUGAAGGCAAUCAGGAAGUAAAUCUUAAAGAGCGCUCCUUUGGUGACAUGAUGCAGACGGUCAGGAAGCUGACCAAAAACAAGGUGUACGUGUACAAUACCAUGGCUUCCAUAAUGUACUUCUUUGGCUACAUGGCCUAUUGGAUAUUUACUCCGAAGUAUAUCGAGACCCAGUACAGACAAUCGGCGGCCAUGGCCACCAUGGCUACAGGAACCGUGGCUCUGGGAUUCUCGGCCGCCGGAGUCCUCAUCUCCGGCUACGUGAUUUCAAAAUACAGACCAAGUGCCAGGGCCAUGGCCUCCUGGAAUGCCAUCGUAGACUUCGUAACGGUGGCCGGAAUUCUCUGUUAUGUGGCCAUAGGAUGCGAGAGUAGCGAUAGAUUGAACUCGCUGACCACCUUGUCGGCUGAAAACAGCUGCAGUGCAUCCUGUCACUGCGACUACGUUCACUAUGCUCCGGUUUGUAGUCCUGAAAACAUCACCUAUAUCUCCGCCUGCCAUGCGGGCUGCUCCGAGAGGUCAAAGGAUGAGCUGGGAAGGACCAUCUUCACAGGCUGCAAGUGCAUGGGCUCCUCCAGCUUAGAGUCUGGAACGGAGUCCCAAUUCGCUGUGGAUGGCACCUGUCCUGUAGACUGCUUCAAUCAGUUCCUCGUUUUUCUGGGCGUCAUGUGCUUCCUGAAGCUGGUGGGUGCUUCUAGCAAGUCCACUAAUCUGCUCAUUGCCCUGCGCUGCAUUCCCCAAGAGGACAAAACCUUCGCUCUGGGCUUGGGUUCUAUGGUAGCCUCGCUACUUGGCUUCAUCCCGAGUCCCAUAUUUUUUGGCUGGCUAAUUGACAACUAUUGCUUGGUGUGGGGCAAGACCUGUUCCAACAAGGGUAACUGCUGGCUCUACGACACGGAGUCCUUGCGUUACGCCUUGAAUCUCACGGCUGCUUCCUUUAUUUUCGUCGGCGGCUUUCUGAAUAUUGCAGUUUGGCAUCACGCCAAGGAUCUCAAGAUAUUUGACGAGGUGGAACAUGUCGAAAAGGAAGUGGAAAUGGACAAACUGGAUGUCAAAUCUCGGGAGAACAAAUAAGCUAUGUACAUGUCGGAGAUAUCCGUUAUUUAAUUUAACCGUAGUCGAGCCAGCGAGUUCUGUUCGCCUGCGCAGUCAAAUCGAAUCUGUCAU